CUUGCCAUGUCUGUUGCCGAAAAUGGUCUCAGCACAGCGAGAGACGAACUCGGCGAACUCCUUCUUGGUGUCCUCCACUCGGAACGCAACGUAGUCCUUCGAUGCGGUGACAGAUCUAUGACCUUCGCUGAGAUGCAACGGCAGGUUCUGCGUUUAGUGUCUGCCCUGUGCGGUGAAAUGGGUGAAAUGGGUGAAGUGGAAAUGUCUGUGGCGAUUUGUGUGCAUCCCGGCUUUGGACUUGUGGUGUCCCUUGUGGCAGUGCUGUGGCACGGCCUGGCCUUUGUCCCUCUCGAUCCCACCUAUCCUCCGAGUCGCUUGCAGUUUAUUUUGGAAGAUUCUGAGGCAGAAAUUCUCAUUUCACAGCUGGAGAUCCUCGAGUCCUUGUCGAUGUCGCAAAAUGUGACAAGAAUGGCCUCUUUGCUGAUCGAUUCCUCAGGAGCCCUGGAGGAAAAACCGGAAAAAGUGGAUGCAAAUUGGGAUGCAAUGAGUGCAGCGGCAACAUCCGCAUGUAAAGCAUAUAUCAUUUACACCAGCGGCAGCACAGGAGUUCCCAAAGGCGUCAUGGUUUCUCGGCAGAACUUUGCCAAUGUCCUACUCUCAUUCAAGCAAUUGCUCGAAGAAAGGCGCAGUGAGGAGAGCUUUCAGAGGCAAAGGAUUCGUUGGAUAGCUCAUACUACGAUUUGUUUCGAUAUUGCACUUUUGGAAUUGUUCUUGCCCUUAAUUCUUGAGUUCAGUACUGUCACUUUGGAGAUUCUGGACCGAAGUAUCAGCCAGAGUGGUGAUCGCUUCAAGCAACACUUGGAUCACUUGGAGCAUUUCGACGACAGCACUGUGGCGAGUGCGAGUCCUGUCACAACGGUUCUCCAGGCAACGCCCAGUAGCUUUCAGAUUCUCCGAUCUGCUGGAUGGAGGCCACACGAGAACCAUCUGUUGCUCUGCGGUGGGGAGCCGUUCCCCAUAUGGUUGACUCAGUUGACUCAGUCAGAGAUACCACAUGGUUUAUACAACGUCUAUGGUCCCACUGAGACUACCAUUUGGUCUCUUGUGCACCAGGUCGAGAAGCGUCUGGGUGCUCCCGCUCUCGGAGUUCCUCUCGGAGUUCCUCUCGGGGCUCUCGGAGUUCCAAUUGGCAAAGCGAUCCGAAACACCACGGUGCAACUGGAUACUUCAGUGACCGGGGGAAUGGACGAGAGAUAUGAACAUGGCCCACAUGGCCCAUAUGGCAUUAGAGGAGAGCUUGUGAUUGGAGGUUUGGGGGUGAGCCUUGGAUAUUGGAAGCAGCCUGAGCUCACAAAAUCUCGAUUUUUUGCAACAGAUGGGCCAGAUGGGGUGCGUUAUUUUCGGACAGGCGAUCUUAUUCUAGAAAUCCAAGAUGGUUUUCCAGACUUCGAAAAAGCGAAAGCAACUGGUCAGCUUGGAAAACUCUUCUGCUUGGGUCGAUUGGAUCACCAAGUGAAGCUGAACGGCUUCCGAAUCGAGCUCGGAGAGAUUGAGACUUUGCUUCAGAGUUUGGAGGAAAUUCAAGAAGCUGCGGUUCAAGUGAGAUCCAACAGGUCCAACACUUUGACAAAGGUUCUGGUGGCGUAUGUUGUUUGGAAUCAGCAGGUCCAGAUCCAAACCCAUGGGACCCAUGAGACCCAUGAAACGAUGGUGAUGCUGGCGCGGCGGAAGCUGCUGCAGCACUUGCCUGACUAUAUGCUGCCACAGCAUUUUGUGAAGCUUCAACGCCUUCCAACCACCUUGAAUGGCAAAGUCGAUCGGAAGCAGCUUCCGGAUCCCUGGGAAUCGAUGGAUGAAGUGAGUGCAGAUGGAUGCGCCGGCGACAAUGCCGACAAGGAGAUGCCACGGGACUCGUUGCGACAGAUGGUGCUGCAGGUCAUUCAGGAUGUGAUUGCUGGGGCCAACACUGAAACCAACUGGUCCUACACAGACCGCCACUUGGAAGGUGAGCAUUGGCGGCAUCUAGGUCUGAACUCGACAAUGGCUGUCUCCUUCAGUGCUCGUUUGCAAGAAAGGUUGAAGAAAUGCUGCAGAGAUGCUCCUGCUAUUGGUACUUCGAUCAUGUUUGAAUGUCGGACAGUUUCUGAGCUGGUGUCCUAUUUACAGCUCACCAGGUCUGCCUAUAGCCAUAGCCUUUCAGAAAAGCCUAAGAUGCCAGAACGGUCCUUGGAGGCGACCUAUGUGCGCCACGUGGUGUCUUUGGGUACCCUAUGCAUGACCGCACAGGCCAUGGAGCACUGGGGACUUCGUCGAUGGCCUUGCCCUUUCGACUGGAUCUUCUCAGCUCCGGAGAUGGUGACGCAUUGCUUCAGCGAGAGAUUCUCGAGCUUCUUGGACCAAAAGAAGUACCUUCCCAAGCCUUCGAACAAGGCUGGCCAUGAAAUCUAUUCGGAGAUGUUGCAGCGGGAAGUGAUUUUCAACCAUCACAAUCCCAUGCUGGCGAAGGACUAUGAUUUCUUUGUAUCAAGUGUGAAAUCGCUUCAAGCACUCAUGUCAAGUGCUCCCAACUGCGACGCCAUGAGCACUACUCAAUCUUCGAAGUCUUCGAAGUCUUCGGUUCUGUUUCUUCUCUUCAAUUUGGAGGGUAGAGUCCAGCUGAAAGAUGUCGCCAUCCAGGAACUCUUCCAGGAAUUGAACACGCAAUGGCAAUGUGAAGCGUGGAGUUUUCAACUUUUGGUCGUCAAAGUGCACACCAAAGCAGCAGAAAGGCCUCAGCAUCGCUUCCUCGCGGACCAAUGCCUGUCAAACGGGAAGCUCAAGAACCAGCUUUUGGUAUAUGAACUUCUUAGUCAAGGUUCACAUGAUGGAUGGCGUUUCAGUGAUGAGAAAGACAUGCAAGCACUGAGUGAGAUCGUCUUGAAUGGCGGAGACUUUCGCUUGCUUUCUGUUUCUCCAGCUGAAGAACUUUCCAAGUGUAGCACAUUCUCUUGCCCAUUCUCCAACACUUGGCUCUCAACUCACUGCUGCCACAGCUGCGCCAAAAGUGCUGGAUCGCGCCACGGUGACAAGUGUGACGGACUCGAGCACGAAACAAAAAACGCCAAGAACGGGAACAUCAAUGAUGAGAAUGGUCAGCGAUGUGAGCGACGUCAGCGACCGAGUGAGGCAUCGAAGAACACACAUGAGCCGUCACACAGUGGCACUGUCUCGAGGGCCACACGUUUCCAAGAGUCCUUGGCAAAGGCAAGAGAAAUGCAACGCACAGAAAAGUCUCUACAACUUCAAACCUCAGCAGUCAGAAAAUUGCGACGUGUGCUCUUGAAACACGAGUUGAGGUCUUCCUGUUCUUCCUGCCAGGACGCGGUAUCGAUCCCCAAAGAAUGGCAGUUCUUGGGCUUUCCGGUCUACAAAAGUGAGUUUUGUAGAAUUUGGUCUCCGGCUUCUGAUGACAUCUUUGCCGCUUUUCAGACUCUGAUGGAGUGGGACGACCGCAGCUUUGUGGCCUUUCUGCUUGUGGAAGCAUCUGCUGUCCAGGCAGUCCACGAGGCAGUCGACCUGCCAGGCAGCCUGUUUUGCUUCAAGGCAAACACGGAUUUGUUUGUGGCUGAGUCAGCGCAGCUCUCCGAAAAGCUGCCACGAACUGCAGAGGAGUUCCUUCUCUUUGGCAACACCAACCCGGAGCAAACGACUCAGACGACCUCGCCACGUGACGUGGUUUAG